AUGGAGAGGGCCACUUCACUGCCUACAGCCGGAGGACGCUCUGAGGCACACGUUCACAAAGGCUGCUCCUGCUGCGACCACACAGCUCUGGGCAAAAAACAGAACCAAGUCUGUGGACUCGGGAGAUACCAGGACCUCGCCAAACCCUUUCAAGGAGUGAUGGAUGCGCGCGUCCAUGGUGAAGGCCCGUGCGCGCGCAGCCAAUGGGAGCGUCGAGUCGCACGAGCCUUCGGCCUCGCGGACAGCACGCGCGCGCUCAUUGGACAGAGCGAGAGCGCCGGACUCCACGAGCCGCUCGCGUGCGACCUACGUAUAUAA